ACAGAUUUAUCCAUUCCUCAAAUAACAUGUAAACAGUUGAGUAUCUAGGUAUUUAUUCUGGGUUAUAAUUGUUAAUGCCAGUGCGAUAACGCCGUCAUUUUUAAGGAAAACAUAAACAGACCUAAAGUCCUCCUGAUUUUGAAGAACUUCCUCUGAAAAAUGUUUACAGAUGAAUUACUAGACGGAGUAAACUUCACAUCAACUUGGAAAAAAGAGAGAUAUCUAGAUGAUCAGCAGACCCAGACAGUAGAACUACAAGUGUGUGACCAGUCUGCACAGUCAUAUAAAUACAGGGAUGAAGGGGUCCAGACAGAUGAAGAACCAAAGAGGAAGCUGAGAUUGGCAGAAGAUAGUUCUGGCAGACUGUUAGAAUUCUUACGUAGAACAGAACCUUAUGUAUCAAAACAGCUGAUAAAUAAUCUCAGAAGUAGAGCUUUUGAUGACUUUGAUGUUGGUUGGGAUGAAGACAAAUCAGGAGUGAGCUGUAUCCAUACCUUGACAAACCCUGGCCUUAAUGGCAAGUUCCAGGUGACAGAUCUCUCCUGGAACUCUACUGGUUCUGUUGUGGCAGCUUCAUUUGGACAAGUGGAGCACGAGGACUGGUGUACUCAUCACACAGCUAUGUGCACAUGGAACUUGGAUCGUAGUAGCAUCAAGGAGGAUAAACCAGACACCACUAUAGAGUUAGAUAGCUGUCUCAUGUGCCUAGCUUUCCAUCCCAAAAAUCCUGCCAUUAUUGCAGGGGGAAACUUCAAUGGGGAGGUAUUACUGUGGGAUUUAAGCAGAGAGGAUGACAUGCUGAUAGCCACCUCCGGUCUUGGAGAGGAUGCCCACCAGGAACCUGUGUCAAAAGUCUGCUGGAUCACAGAUACCAAAGGAAAGAAAAUUUAUCUGGUGAGUGCUAGUGCAGAUGGUAAAAUUAUACAAUGGAAAAUUGACAGAAAAGCUCAGAAAUUGCUUCCUAAGGAUGGUUUCAUGUUAAUGACACAGAGUUUACCUAGACGUAUGAAGGUGAAGGGAGUGCGAGGAGAUAAGGAGGUUGGGGUCACCUGUAUAUCAUACCAUUCUGAAGACAAGGAUAUGUUUCUGGUGGGGUCAGAGGCUGGGGUUAUCUUCAAGUGUUCCAUGAACUCACAGGGCCCUCCAGCUGGAAGUCAUGUUACAUCUUCUAUCCCUCUGAAAUCUCCAGUAACCUUCACGUAUAACCCACAUCAUGGUCCUGUGUAUGCAGUAGAGUGCUCUCCCUUCCAGAGAAACGCCUUUGUUAGUGCGGGAAUGGAUCAGUGUAUACGACUUUAUAGCAUAUUACAGGCCCAGCCGGUGUUAACUAUUGAACCUGGCGAGGGUUACAUUCACUCUGCUACAUGGUCGCCAGUUAAAGCCACUGUUAUGGCAGCCACAACGCAGACGGGAAACCUGUUGAUUUAUGAUCUGAAACAAGGAAAAACAGUCCCAGUUCACAAAAUGACAGCUAGUCCAAAUAAACAACCAGUUUACUCAUGCAGCUUUAAUCCUCAACAAACACAGCUUCUUGCUACAGGUGAUGCUGCAGGCUUUAUCCAGAUUUUCAAAUUAAGUUCAAACCUUCGAACAUCAACGGGGAAAGAAGCAGAGUUUAUAGGGAGCCUGGUCAACGUAUCAUCAGAAUAACAUUAGCAUCGUCAAUUUAAGAAAGCAUGCUUUCACCAUAAACAUGUAAUGUUUGAUAAAUUUCUGGUAGUGUUUGCAAAACAAUGUUUUAGAAAAAGUAUUUAACUUUUCAAAUCACUGCCAGAAAAUCCGUUUAGUAUAAGAACUGAAAUGUAGUGGUAGGCUGAUAAAAUUGCAAAUGCUUUAUGAUUGAAUUCCGUCCAAUAUUGUAAAAAGUUCUGUAAAUCACUUCCGUCCAAAGUUACUUUUGUUGUGUAAAGACCUGUACAUUCCAGGAUAUGCUUAAACCAAAUUGUUAGAUUAAAAUUAAACUGACUUUGAUAUGUUUUGAGACUGUGAUAUUUUGUGAUAUAUAUGUAGGAUAGUACCUUAAAUUUUAAAUUAUGAAAACAAAUUAAAAAAUUCAUGUUAGUUAUUUAUUUAUAACAUUUAAGACCAAGUAUAAUACUUCAGUCUUGAAUUGACCAUUUUAGGCAUGUUGUUUUAAGAUUUUCAGAAACUUGUUUUCCUUGUAGUCGCUCUUGCAGAUAGUUGUACUUACCAAGCCGUUGAUAAAUAUUUAAUUCCCAGUCAUAACUGCAUUAUUGCAGGAAGAACUUAUCUCAGUGCAAAAAAAGCAGUCAGAUACAUACAUAUUGUAUGACAUCAAAAUGUUUUAUAUAUUUGUCUUAUCUCUCUACUUCAGCAAAUUUAAAUACAAUGAAUAUACAGUUUUGCCAGCAAAGCAAGCUGAAUUUAUUUACAUUUUUGCUAACUGGCUAAUAGUUGUAAACCUUGAAUCUCAUUCUAGAUUCUACUAUUUCACUGUGGCUUGGUGAACUACAAAAUAUGUGGGUAAAAGCUGUUCGUAUUGUUACAUAUAAAAUACAAACUGUGAUGUCUUAUUUAUCAUUUAUUUGAUAGUCUGUAUAAACUAUAUAAACAUUCUAUAAAAUUCAUUUUUACUGCA